AAGUCCAAAAUUUAUAAAUAAGCGAAGUUUAAAAUGUUUCAAAAAUGGUUAAAAAUCAAAUAACCAAGAAAACAUUGCAGAUGCCUUGGAUAAUCACCAGCUAGUGUUGAACAUAUAUUGUGCAUUCUUCUAUCUACAGAAUAUAUAUUUACUUUUUUUAUGAACAUCAUUGCGUAUGAAUAAUAUGUGAACAAAUGAAUAUGACUGAGGUCUUUGUUAAUUAAAAGCGUAACCUUCUCUAAAGGGGAAAAGCUUUGCUUUUUACUUAUAUACGCAUACGACAGUUUAUACACACGCAUAUACACACACAUAUACUGAACAACAAUAAAUGAAGAUCUAAGUGGAAAUGUGAGCUUCAAAACGACAACUGGAAGUCUUUUUAUGUGUUUUCAAAUAGUUUUUUUUAAGAAAAAUUGUAUAACAAUUUAUUGUUGUUGUAGAAGAAAUGCAAAACUUUAAUAUGCCGGAAAAUACUUUGUAAUUAAAAAUAUAAAUACGCACAUAUAUAUGUUGCUAGAAUCUCUUAAAGUACUCUCGCAGCUUCUAGCGAAAAUACAUUACGUGAUCGAAAAAAAAGUUAAAAAAUUAAUUUAAUUAAAUCACUUUAAAAAAUUUCCAUUCAAAUUGAAAAAGGACUAAUAAAAGCAUGAAGAGCAUUUGAUUAUGGAUUAACACAACGUAAUUUAAUGCACGAAUUCAACCUUUUGUACAACAUAAUUCCUUUACCACAAGCAUACUGUUGGAAAAAAUGUAAUUAAAAUUUUUACUAUCAAGCCGUUUAGAACAAAACCACCUGACGAAGCUAAACAGUAUCCAAAAAGUCAUGUAUUUAAUUUCUCUAAUUAAAGCGUUUUUAAUAGUUUUAAUAUGCCUGAGUUUGGUCGUAUUCGCUAAUGCUCUACGCGAUGUGCGUGUUCAAGUUCCAGCAGCUGUACGAAGAGGAGAAAAGGCUAUAUUGAAAUGCCUUUACGACUUAGAAGGCGAUAAUCUGUACUCGGUUAAAUGGUACAAAGGAAGACGAGAAUUCUAUAGUUAUACACCUAAGGAAACGCCAGCAAUGAAAGUUUUUCAAUUUUCUGGUGUUAAAGUCGAGCGUUCUUCCUCCAACGAAAGCCAACUAGUGUUAGAUACCGUUAAUGCUGCUACAACGGGGAAAUAUAGUUGUGAAGUCUCUGCGGAUGCUCCCUCAUUUCAUACAUUAAUUUCGGCUGGUGAUUUGGAAGUUGUUGUAGUACCCGGCAAAGAGCCCAUCAUAACAGGUAUUAAGUCACGUUACCACGUCGGCGAUAUAAUACGCGGCAAUUGUACAUCAGCUCAUUCCAGACCGGCUGCAAACAUAACAUGGACAAUAAAUGGUUAUGAGACCAAUCCAUCUUACGUGCGUCAACAUAAACCCAUUAAGGAUUUGCGUGAUUUAGAAACUGUAAUAUCCGGUAUACACUUCGUUGUAACGCCACAGCAUUUUAUACGCGGCAAACUAAAAAUACGUUGCACCGCCCAUAUCCACGAUGUUUACUGGAAGUCCACGGAAAAGUCAAUCGAAGAAGACCGCCAAGUGGCUCGACCCAAUGAAGUAAAUUUAAUUAAUUCCUUUUCGGAUGAUUAUUUCGAUUUAGAAGAUGAGGACGAUAAUGAAAAUGACGAUGUACGAGAUCGAUCGGCCCAUAUAACCCACAUAAAGGGUGAUAUGUCUUCUUUAAAUGCCAAUGGCUCAACGGCCGCACACUUCGCUACAUGCUUGCGCCUGUGGCCGCAUUUAACAACACUACCAUUUCUAUGGUACGCUUUGCAAGAAAUUCUACAAUUGUUGCGACAAUUGUUUGGACAACAACAAAUAACAAAUGCAAAAAUAGACAAUGGGUUAAAUAGAAAAGUAAAUAAACACAGCAAACAUAACAUUCACUACCAGCAACAAAAACAGCAAGUAGAACAACAUAUAAGUAGAACAACAGCAAAAGCAACAGCAGCCAACAGUCAAGCCACACUUUCGUAUUUAUUGAAAUGGUUGCAAAGAAAACAAAAACAUUCACAAGCAAAUAACAACAAAAAGGAGAACUGACAGUAAACGUUAUGGAUUUUAGGCUAAUAAAGCAAAAAUAUAACAUCAAAAACAAAAACAACAGCAAUACACAACAAAACCAAUUGAAAUAUUAUUUAGCAAAGACUAAAAAGAAUUCUUUUUUUUAACAUUCUUUAUGCUUAAGGGCAAUAGUAAAUUAUGCUACAAUCCUUAGAGACGAGAGUUCAAGAAGAAAAAAAUUAAGAAAAAAAAAAAACAAAAAUGUUAUAUUCAUUCAAGUCUUUUCGGAUAUUCUUUACAUCCAGUGCACAGCGAAUAAAAGGAAUUUCUAUGAAAUAUUAUUAUAGAUGUGAAAAAAGAUAACACUGACAACUUUUAGACGAGGGUUGAAAUAGAAAUUCUUGACACUUUACUCUAGAAAUUUAUUGUAACAGCUUAGCAUUUCACAAUGAAUUAUAAAAGGUGUGCAAACACAUGCAUAUUAAUUUAUGUAUGCAACUAUGUAUGCACGAUAUGCUUGUAAUUUACAACCAUUGCAAACUGACAAAAUAUAAUAUUUUGUUUUAAGGAAUAAAAGUAGAUGAGCAAAACGAUAUCAAUCUCUUUCUCUCUCUCUUUCUCA